GCGAGAACGUGUUGUUUCCGCAGAGCUGGAGACUUUCACUUUAUGCAAGCCUCCACCUGACCGGACACCCGUGCACAGCUCAGGAACCAUGUCUGCUGUCUACCUUCUCCUCCUGCUGGUCCCCACAAUCUCGGCUCAGACUUUUCGCUUUGGUGCCUGCCCUACUCCGAAGGUGCAGUCUAACUUCAGCCUUCAGCAGUACCUGGAUAAGUGGUAUGAGAUUGAGAAGCUGCCUGCUUCUUUUGCCAGAGGACAGUGCAUUGAAGCGAAUUAUUACAUAAGGAAAGAUGGGACCAUCCGAGUGUUGAACUCUCAGGUUGUGGGUGGUAAAAGGGAGUUUUUAGAAGGGACAGCUGUGGUUCCAGACCGACAAGAACCAGCCAAACUUGGAGUCGCCUUCUCAUAUUUUACACCCUAUAGCCCAUACUGGGUGCUGGAGACAAACUACACCAACUACACCAUUGUGUACUCCUGCACAGACAUUCUGCGCAUAUUCCAUGUUUACUACGCCUGGAUUCUUGCACGGUCACCCUCCCUGCCUCCAGAGACGGUGCAUUACGCCAAACAGUUGCUGACUGAUAAAGGAAUCGAUAUUUCCAAGAUGACUCCCACAUAUCAGAACUGUGGAAAUAUUUAG